UUGAUGCUAUCGCUGAGUCCAAUGGAAGCCUUCGUCGCAGCCCAGAGGAAACAAUCGAGUACGAUUUAGCGUCAAAACAGGAGCGGGUUUCAUCAGAUGGGGAUAUAAAGUGCGUGUGUUCUAAGCAGCGUGGCUCUGUAGUGCUCCCGGCUGUGGGCUGAAGCCGCUCUUUCGCCCUCAUCGCGCUGUGUUCGGCCUUGUUUAUACUGUGCGGGCCGGGGCAGCUCGGAUCAGGGAAGCAGGCCCGGUCCUGUGCCACUUUAACGGCCGCCUCGGGUCUCCAGUGGGUUUUGUGCGGAUCGGCCCUUUCACGCACCAAAGAAUAUGACCCAGAUGCAACAAUGACAUCCAGAUUUGGUAAAACCUACAGCCGCAAAGCAGGCGAGAGCACGUCCAAGUUCGACGAGGUUCUGUCCACCAAGAGAGGAACCCUCAGCACCAAAUGGGGCGCCACCACCUACAAGGCCAAGGUGGGCUCCAAGCGCAUGGGCGCUCCAAAGAAUGACUCUGUCCUGGAGGUUUCCAAGAGGCCUCGCACCAGCGGAGACGGCCUGGACGACCCCUUUGGUUUUGACAGUGAUGAGGAGUCCAAGCCGGUGUCAUCUCGAAGCGGCACCAAGUCAUCGCCCGCUAAACCAGCGUCGGCCGAGCCACCGCAGGCUCAGAGACCGGGCGGCACCGUGGACACAGCGAGCUGGUCCGGCCUUCAGGGAUGGUCCAACAACUCAGCGUCUUCUCGAGGAGCGCCAUGGCUGAACAGUGAAAAGAACCAGAGCAGAGCGGUGGACGCCGGACUCUUCUUCAACAGCAGCGCUAACAUCGGGAAGUCUCAGCAGAGCUCGUCAUCAUCGUCGUCCGAGAACCAGCACAGCUACUCAUGGUACCAAAACGCUUCAGAGAGCGACAGGAAGCCCCUGGCGCAGACCACCACCCUUAAAACUGGGUCUAAUGCCGACCCCACCUAUGACUGGGACGCUAUCAUGGGUCUUCGUCCGCCCUCGCCCAUUGAGGAACCACGUAACCCCGCCCCCACGCUUUGGGCUUCAACGGGCAGCUGUGACCUGGGUCAGAUUUUGGACCGGAAGCCGCCCUCGCCUCCACGGCUCCAGAUUCUCAGCGAAAACGAGGACCUCGGGGAUGACUCGGACUUCUUAGUUGAGACAUCGGACUAUUCACAGAUGUCAUCAUCUUCGUCUGUGCUCAGAAACUCAAACUGUCGGACGUACAGGAGGCCAAACAAACAGGGCUCUGGCAAAGCCUCGGACUCAGGGGGCUUUUCCAGCACCGUUUUUGGUGCAAAUCUUCCCAAAUCCACAUCUGAAGGUGGUAAUAAGACGACAGGAGGUGGACGGGGCAGGACGAGGGACUAUACGGUGCUCCACCCCUCUUCGAUGUCCAUGUGUAACGUCACCAUCCAUGACCGAGGGGUGGAGGAGCUCGGCGGAGACGGGGCGCCAUCUGGUGGCAGCAGUGGAGCUGGUUCUGGCAGCACCACGGAUCUGGGAGAGGCCGGAUGGCAACGGAAGAAGACGGAGCAGCAAAACACCAGCAGGUUCAGGCAGACCCAGACCAAGUCCAAGAAGAGCAGUAAGUUGGACCUGUUCGGAUUUGAAGACGCAGACCCUCAGCAGGACGAGAACAGCUCCGACAACGCUGACGGAUCCAAAUACAAGAUCAAGUACUUCGGCUUCGACGACAUGAGCGACAGCGACGGCGCAGAAGACGACGACGACGACGGCUCCAGCGACUGGAGGAAAGUCACGAGGGCCCCUGUCACCAAGGCGACGCCGGCGAUCACCAUCGAAGACACACCUGUAGAUGAACCACCCGAUCCCUUCGAGAGUCUGGAGCGAUGGACGGAGAGGACGACGAGUCUAGACAGACCGUCUGUUACGGAAAAUAAGAAGAACUUUGAGAGGCAGGAGAGCAGGAUACGAACAGACAUCCUGGACUUCUCAGAGGAUGGUCUCAGGGUCUUGGCUGGAGCUACGAGGAGACUGCCUCCAGGAAAACCUGCAGAGAAGAACCCAGACACCCUGAGGAGGAUCUUCAGCGCCCACAAGAAGUCUCCCACCAAAGCCGUGUACAACGCCCGACACUGGACGGUGGAGAGCGAAGAGGAGCCGCCGCCGCCAUUCUUCUCCAAGUCCCAGACCAACCCUACAGCCGCCUCAGCCGGAGGGCCGAGUAAAGAGUCAGCUGAUCCUCAGAAGGAUGAAGGUGUGUUCAAGGCCCCGCCCCCUCCUCCAAAGGUCACCAAGUGUGUGACGGUCCCGACUGACCCCUACCAGGACACCGUCACCACUCUGAAAUGUCACAAAGAGCACAAGGAGCUUUACACCGUGGUCCAACAUGUGAAACACUUCAACGAUGUGGUGGAGUUUGGUGAGAACCAAGAGUUCACUGAUGACUUUGAGUAUCUGGCCACGGGUCUGAAGAGCGGCCAGCCCCUGAACACCCGCUGCCUCAGUGUGAUCAGCCUGGCGACCCGCUGCGCCAUGCCCAGCUUCAGGAUGCACCUCAGGGCCAGAGGGAAGGUGGCUCAGGUCUUCAAGACCCUCAAUGACGCCCCACAGCAUCCGAACCUGGCUCUGUGCACGGCCUCCCUGAUGUACAUCCUCAGCAGAGACCGGCUCAACAUGGACCUGGACCGGUCCUGUCUGGACCUGAUGAUCCGCCUCCUGGAGCUGGACCAGGACCAGGGCUCCACUGUCGUGGUAGACUCCGCCGUUCAGCUGAGCGCCAGGGAGAUCGCCAAGAUGAAGGAGAAGAUCCGGAAGCUGUGUGACACGGUGCACAACAAGCACCUGGACCUGCAGAACAUUACGACGGGACAUUUAGCCAUGGAGACGUUACUGUCUCUGACGUCGAAGCGAGCAGGAGACUGGUUCAAAGAGGAGCUGAGGCUGCUGGGAGGCCUGGACCACAUCGUAGAUAAAGUGAAGGAAUGUGUGGACAACCUGAACCGGGAGGACGACAAGGAGAAGCUGGUGUCGUCUCUGUGGGGAGCGGAGAGGUGUUUACGGGUCCUGGAGAGUGUGACGGUCCACAACCCAGAGAACCAGAGCUACCUGAUCGCAUACAAGGACUCAUCACUCAUCGUCUCCAGCGCAAAGGCGCUGAGGAGGUGUGAGCAGAUGAUUCAGCGUUACAGUCGUGAGAUGAGCUCGGACUGGGCGGCGGUGGGGAAGGCGGUGGAGGACUGCAUGAGGGCCAUCAUCGGAGUCCUGCUCAACCUGACCCACGACAACGAGUGGGGCAGCACUAAGACCGGAGAACAGGAGGAUUUAAUAGUGACGGCUCUGAACUGCGUCCUCAAAGUCCCUCAGUAUCUGCCGCAGGAGCAGAGGUUCGACGUCCGGGUCCUGGGUCUGGGUCUGCUCAUUAACCUGGUGGAGUACAGCGCCAGGAACCGCUACUGUCUGAUGGAGAUGGAGAUGGAGGAGGGUCAGGGUCCGUGCGACUCCACCGUCCUGCUCGGCCCUCCGCACCAGGACGUGUGCGGCACCGGUCCUCUGAGCGCCAUCGCCGCCCUCGUACAGGUGUGUUCCGGCCGCAACCCGGACCAGCGGGUCCGUCCUGGUGGGUCUGUCCCGGUGUCCCGCGGACCCUUUAACCUCUGUCUGUCUCGUCCUCAGCUGUUCCUCCAGAGGGAACGCGCCGCCGUCCUGGCCGAGGCGCAGACCGACGACCUCAUCAAGGAGGCGCCCAAAGCCUCGCUGGACCAGAGCGGCGAGUGGCAGGAGGAGGGCGGGGAGAUCCAGUGGGUCGCCAACGACAACGAGGCCAACAAACAGGACGACGGCAAGAAAAAGGAAAAAGACGACGAGGACGAGGAGCUGGACCUCAACAAAGCUCUGCAACAUGCAGGGAAGCACAUGGAGGACAGCAUCGUAGCCUCAUACACAGCACUGCUGCUGGGCUGUCUCUGCCAGGGAAGCCCGAUGAAUGUGACUACUGUGAGAGAAAACCUGCCUAAAGGAGACUUCUCCAUCAUGACAGAAAUGCUGAAAAAGUUCCUCAACUUCAUGAACCUCACCUGUGACGUGGGCACCACAGGACAGAAGUCCAUCUCCCGGAUCAUCGACUACCUGGAGCACUGCUAGAGAGAAGCUUGUCACACAACACACACACACACACACACACACACACACACACACACACACACACACACAUACACACACACACUCCUCAGAAGUUUACAGCUUUAUUGUCGGUCUGGUCAGUGAAUGCAGCGCGUUCUGUACAUAGAUCCUGUACAUAGAUUGGAAUCCUCACGUAGGAGCGAAGGCUGAUGGGUAACGGGGUGGGGGGUGGGGUGGGGUUGUGGGCUGGAUGUGGGAGGGGUUAAAUUUAGCCGGUUAGACUCUACUUUUGUGAAUGGGACUCUAUUUUUCCUUUUGUACGUCUUUUCUGGCUGGUGUUGGACAGACGGACUCAGAGCUUCUUAACACGACAAAAACCUGCAGGAAAACUUGAUCUUUGUACCAGUUUCAGACUGAUGUCUUUGGUUACCUGUACAUAAUUUUAAAAAAUAAAAGUUGCUACUUUCAGUA